CGGCCCGGUCGUUUCCGGUGGAGCCGCCGCCGAGCCGCUGUUGCCGAGUGGAGCGGGCCCGCGAGUGACGCUCCGGAGGAAGCUCGGUCCCGCCGCAGCCUCUCGGCCGCCAGUCCCCGCGUCCCCCCCUCCUCCGCCACCCCCGGAGAACCAUGGCGUCUGGCAACACUGCGGCCGGUGAGGAGGAGCGCAGUCUCCGAGAGUGUGAGCUCUAUGUACAGAAGCACAACAUUCAGGCUCUGCUUAAAGACUCGAUUGUGCAGUUGUGUACUGCGCGGCCAGAGAGACCCAUGGCGUUCCUUAGGGAAUACUUCGAGAGGCUGGAGAAGGAGGAAGCAAAACAGAUUCAGAAUCUGCAGAAAGCAGGCACUCGUGCUGACUCAAGGGAGGAUGAAAUCUCUCCUCCUCCCCCCAACCCAGUGGUUAAGGGUCGGCGGCGACGCGGCGCUAUCAGUGCUGAAGUUUACACGGAGGAGGAUGCUGCCUCCUAUGUUAGAAAGGUUAUACCGAAGGACUAUAAGACAAUGGCUGCCUUAGCUAAAGCCAUUGAAAAGAAUGUGCUGUUUUCACAUCUUGAUGAUAACGAGAGAAGUGAUAUUUUUGAUGCCAUGUUUCCAGUUUCAUUUAUUGCUGGAGAGACAGUUAUUCAGCAAGGUGAUGAAGGAGAUAACUUCUAUGUGAUUGAUCAAGGAGAGAUGGAUGUCUAUGUCAACAAUGAGUGGGCAACUAGUGUUGGGGAAGGAGGGAGCUUUGGAGAACUUGCUCUGAUUUAUGGAACACCCAGAGCAGCCACCGUCAAAGCCAAGACAAAUGUGAAGCUGUGGGGCAUUGACCGAGACAGCUACCGAAGGAUCCUUAUGGGAAGCACACUGAGGAAGAGGAAGAUGUAUGAAGAGUUCCUUAGUAAAGUGUCUAUUUUAGAGUCUCUGGACAAGUGGGAGCGCUUGACUGUAGCUGAUGCCUUGGAGCCGGUUCAGUUUGAAGAUGGACAGAAGAUUGUGGUUCAGGGAGAGCCUGGGGAUGAGUUCUUCAUUAUUUUAGAGGGGACAGCUGCUGUGCUACAGCGUCGGUCAGAAAAUGAAGAGUUUGUUGAAGUGGGAAGAUUGGGGCCUUCUGACUAUUUUGGUGAAAUCGCGCUGCUGAUGAACCGCCCUCGGGCCGCCACGGUGGUGGCACGUGGCCCCUUGAAGUGCGUCAAGCUGGACCGACCUCGGUUUGAACGUGUCCUUGGCCCGUGCUCAGACAUCCUCAAACGAAACAUCCAGCAGUACAACAGUUUUGUGUCACUGUCUGUCUGAAAUGUGCCGCCUGUGCCUGUGCCUCCCCCCGUUCGUGCUUCACUCGCGCAGACUGCUUUGUCCUCCUAGUGUGCGGCGCCCCGUGGCCCCUGGCACUGCAGCUUCGUGUCUCUUUAUAUGAAAAGUUGCUUUUAUUGCACCAUUUUUAAUUUGGAGCAUUAACUGAAUGCUAUCACAAAUAAAUAGAAAGAGUUCUAUGGACUUGGCUGUCCCUGCUUCUCUCUGUGCAGUGUUAGGGUUCAACCUGGGCAGUGAGUGCCAUGCUUUUUGGUGGGGACAGUUCCCAGCACCAGUGAAUUACCUUCGAGUCACGAUGUGACAGUACCAAGAUUUUUUUUUUUUUGUAAGUGACAUAAUUUUCCGGUUAUAAGCAUAUUUAGAUGGUGGCCAUAUAUGCUGUAUUUCUUUAGUAACUGAUUUCUCAUUAUUAGCCGCUAAGGAUUAGAAAAAAAAUGUGUACAGAACAACAAUCUUAGAAUAGUAGAAAGACACCUGCCUAUAAUUAAAUUAGUUUAAGGGUGAAAAAAAUGCCCAUCGUUGUGAAUGAUCAGAUGGAUAGGAUUGGUUCAGGUGUUAUUUUCCUUUUCUUAACCUGCAUUUUUUUUUUCCCCUGAAAGCUAAUUUGCCUGAUUCGUGUCUUGUUUCUUCUUCAGCUCUGAAAUAUUUUUAGGUGAGCUCUCUGUCUUUUAAGUCUGAAAGGAAAUCAUUGACUGCAGUUCGUGGUUGGCCAUGUAAUUGCACCUGCCUCAGAUCCCAGGUUCUGGUUAGGCCUUUACUUACCCAGCUGGUGCCAAAUACUGAUUGAUCAUUACAGGCUGAAUUGAGAAGAUUUGGUGGUCUGUUCUUGGUUAAUUUAGAGCUUGUGGCUAAUGUGAGUCCUUCAGAUGCUGCCAGGAUGGAUAAUCCCCUGUGUUCAGUAAACCUUGAUUCCAGGAGGUUGGCUUUGCUGGAAAUACAAAUGGAAGGAACUUGGAGUUGAUGGUGGAGAAAGUGUUGGAAAAGUCACAAACUAGGCGAACGGAAUGCCAUGAGAUUUGGGAAGAUGUUUGUUUAUUGGCCUGACCUUUUCUUUUUCAUUUUUAUAUCAGCUAGAAUUUGGGUGGGGUGGGGUAAUAUUGUAUUUCUUGUGAUCUAAAAGAAGGUCUCUUGCUCAAAGCCCUGCUGUCCUGUCUAGUCUUUCUUCCUCAGGCAAAAUUUUUUUUUUUUAACUAAUGUGAGUUGUAACUAUUUCAGUAUUUUCCAGCCUAUGUGUUACAUUAUUCCAAUGAUAUACCCAUUGGUUUAUUUUUGUUAAUUUUUUAAAAACCAAGUUUCCCAGUUCUAUAAUGUAGGCACUUUAGUUUUCAUUUUGAUUUAUAUUGGAUAUAGGAUUUCAUUUGGGAGUGGCUGUGUUUUCCAUCUGUGUGAGGGUGGUUCUGAUUAAUAACCCUCUCCCAUCCUUUCCCAGGUGAUCUGGGUAAAAUUGGUCAUGGUAGAUUUUUUUUUCCCUAGAUUUGAAAUGCUUUAGGUUGUUAGUAACUUUGGGGUAGAAAAUGGGAAAGAAGUUCUAUUUACUUCUUAGUGUGGGGUAGAAACCUACCCCAGUACAGAUUUUUUAAUUUCCAUAAUUCUCUACACUGAAUGAAUGUUUUCUGAUUUGUACUUAUCUUUGUGUUUGGCUACCUUUUUAUAUUAAAAAAUUGAAAAUAAAAGUUAUGUUCUUAUUAGCUUAAAGCUUGAUUUGAUCUUUGUUUAAAUGCCAAAAAUGUACUUAAGUGAAUUAUAUAGAAUGCAGUAAGAGUGCAUUUUCCUAUAUGUAUAUAAUCAUGUUCAUGUAUAUUUAGAUACAUAUACUACUUUCUAAACAAGUUUUAUUCAAAUUAUUUGGCUUGCUGUUUAUCAUUUUUUGUAGUUUUUAUUCUUAGACAUUUGAAGUUAAGUCUAAGUUUAAACAUUACCACGUUUAAAGCUUUAUCUUUGUGCAAUUUAAUUAUGUGUGAGAAGUCACAGUUGGCAUAAUUUAUCUUAGUUGAUAUUCAGGGCUUUAGGAGUUAUUUCUGGAUUUGGGGAGUGAAUUUAUGAGAUCUGCUGCUCUAGAAAGUAUAGACGGUCAAAGGACCAUUCUGUAUUGUUUCCUGGUUACAAGUCUGAUUAUUCUGUGUGUGCUAAUAUAUGCUAUUCUUUUUGUUCUAGAUUGUCGUAAUGGUAGGUCAAGAAAUAAAAAGUAAUUAAAUACUUUAAA